AUGCUGACGUGUAUAGCGUGUACCAAGCAGCUUAACACCACCAACAAUGGCGGAUCUAGACCCCAACAUGAAGACGAAGAAACAGAGACGCCUAGGACCAAACAAGCCACUAAAUCUCUCACUUCACAGCUAAAAGACAUGGCAGUAAAGGCAUCAGGAGCUUACAAAAGCUGUAAACCGUGUUCCGGUACAUCAAACCGGAAUCACUAUGCUGAUUCAGAUGCUGAUUUGGAUUCUGGGAGGUUUCAUUACGCGUACCAGAGAGCUGGAGCUGGGACUGGAACAUCAACUCCGAAGAUUUGGGGGAAGGAGAUGGAGUCUAGGUUGAAAGGGCUUUCGAGUGAAGAAGGUACACCUACUUCCAUGAGUGGGAGGACUGAGUCUGUAGUGUUUGUGGAGGAGGAUGAGGGUAAGGAGUGGGUUGCACAAGUUGAGCCUGGUGUUCUCAUCACUUUUGUGUCUUUGCCUCAGGGUGGAAAUGAUCUAAAGAGGAUCCGUUUCAGUCGUGAGAUGUUUGAUAAAUGGCAAGCACAAAGAUGGUGGACAGAGAAUUCCGAGAAGGUCAUGGAGUUAUACAACGUGAAGCAGUUCAAUCAGGAGAGCGAGCCACACCCAACUUCUGAAGAUGGGGUCUCGCAAAUACAGUCGGCUAAGGACAGUCCUGUAACUCCACCGCUGAACAAUGAGCAUCCUCGAGGAAUGGGAUACUCCUCAUCUGAUUCACUUGAUCACCAACCAAUCCAAACACCUAAGCGCUAUGACUCUACUGGUCUUGCUUCAACACCAAAGCUCUCUGACAUCAGUGGGACCAAGACUGAGGAGGCAUCAUCUAUUGAUGGUUCUGCUAGAAGCAGCUCAGCAGAUGAGGGGUCCGAGGAGGUCUCAGUGAGUAACGCAAGCGACACAGAAACUGAAUGGGUGGAACAAGAUGAGCCUGGUAUCUACAUUACAAUCAGAGCUUUACCAGAUGGUAGCCGUGAGCUUAAACGUGUUCGAUUCAGCCGAGACAAGUUUGGAGAAGCACUAGCGAGGUCGUGGUGGGAACAGAACAGAGCUAGGAUUCAAAAGCAGUACUUGUGACUUGAUAGAGAUUUACUAGAGAUUUUACUAAAGAACAACAAAAGACUUUCUUUUCUUUAUGGGCAAACAUACUUUCUUUUCUUUAAACUUGAACCAAAAACAAGUGAUUAAAACAAAGUUUAUGCGAUUAAUUUAUGUUUGGUGGCCUAAUUCUUAGCUAAACAUAACUUUAUAUCUAAUUGC